AUGAACUUCAUCGCAGGGGUCAUGCUUUGCGUAUUCCGGUCCGGCGGAAACAGCGCCGCGGAGCCCAUUGCAUACCACUGCGUGUUGUCCAUGCUUCUACGGCACGGGAUGAACCAGUACUUCGGCGACGGCUUUCCAAAGCUGCGCCUGAGCGCACUUCAGUUCGACUGUCUGCUGGAGGCGCGGUGCAUGGUACGGUCAUUACGGUCUCAGAACCACCUUUAG